AUGGGUUAUCCAUCGAAUUUUAAAGUUGUCACAAGAUUAUUAACCGAGAACACCUUGCUUGCCUCAUCGGCAUUUACUAGAUUUGACAAGGUCAAUUUUGGGAACAGAAUGGCUGUGUUUAAAAUCAUUUCAACUACUGAUUCUUUGCCUAAAAUUAUCCUAUGGAGUCCCUUGCCUUAUACACCUCAAGUUAUUGACAUUUUGAAAAAUUUUACAGGGGUUUCAACGGAAGCAGAUUUGCAAGUCAAUUAUGUCAUUGUGCCUGAUAGAGAACAUAAUUUAGCAGCUGGUGUUUACAAAGAGAAAUUUCCACUUGCCAAGAUCAUUGGGCCUGAAAACACACAGAAUAUACCAUUGGAUAUAGAAUUUACAAAGGAACUAGGUCAUAAAGUGAUUCUGGGGACAGCUUUGAAACAAUUGGUUGAUGAUGAUUUGAUCGUGGAAAAUUUCGAUUUUGUUUAUUUACCAUAUCAUGCUAAUUCAGAAUUGGUGGUGUACCACAAACCAAGCAAAACAUUGUUUGAGGCAGAUUUACUUUUCAAUCUCGGUGUUGAUGGAAAAUUGGAACAGUUUUCACCAGAAACUGGGUAUCCGGAAAAUUUCAACCCACACCAAGGUUGGUCAUUUGCGACAAGAUAUUUGCAGCCCAAUUCAAAAGUUGGGAAAUUUUUAUUCAAUAGACUUGUCAAUAGAGCAAAAAGUCAACCUGGAUUAAAUGCUAUUAACACUUUGGAUUUCAAAAAUAUAGUAAUGUGUCAUGGUAACAUAAUUACAGAGAAUGCUAAGCAAGCUUUUGAAAACGUGUUUAUUAAAUGA